CAUUACCUAGCUAGAGUUUCCAUUGAGAAACAGUGACUUUGGUGUUGGGGGAGAGAGUUGAGAGAGACAGACUUAUAAUUGUCGUACUUGAUUUUUUUGUAGUGGAGAGAUGGCCUUGCACUUGACAUGGGUGUUCGGUUUUGGUCUUUUAGGAAACAUCACCUCUUGUUCGGUCUGCCUUUCUCCUCUGCCAACAUUUUAUCAAAUUUGCAAGAAGAAGACAAGCGAAGGGUUCCAAUCUAUCCCUUAUGUGAUUGCUCUAUUUAAUGCUAUGCUUUGGCUCUUCUAUGCGAUUUUCAAGAAGGAUACCAUCCUUCUACUCGCCAUCAAUUCUUUUGCCUUUUUUAUGGCGAUAGGUUACAUUGUUGUGUAACUUUUUUUUGCCACAAAGAAGGAUAAAAUUCUGACUUUCAAACUUCUCCUGCUGUUCAAUGUUUUUGGGUUCGGUCUCGUCUGUCUACUAACUCUCUUCCUAACACAAGGCCACAAACGUGUCCAAGUUCUUGGAUGGAUUUGCAUGAUAUUUUCUUUAUGCGUUUUUGUUGCACCUCUUUUCAUUGUAAGAAAAGUUAUAAAAACAAAGAGCGUGGAGUUCAUGCCUUUUCUGUCAUUUUUCUUAACUUUGAGUGCACUCAUGUGGUUCUCCUAUGGCUAUCUAAAGAAAGAUCAAUUUGUUGCUAUUCCAAACAUACUAGGCUUUAUCUUCGGUCUUCUCCAGAUGCCACUUUAUAUGAUCUAUAGGAACCCCGAGAAAGUAAUAUCUGAACAUGUUUUGGUUGAAAAGUUGGGCCCAACAAUCUGUUCCGAGAUAACUAUAGUGAUUCCAAAGCUGAAUGAUGGUGGAAACGGAUUUGUUAAUGAUCAAAAUGCAAAGGGACAGGCCAUGAAAAUCAUGAAAGCCAUAGAUGUCGUAAACAAACUUUAGCAGCUUUACUGGGGUGUUAUUAUAAUUUGCAUGUAACUGUAUAUGUAUGUGGUCGUGCCUUCAUUUGUAAUUAGUUUCCAUUUAGGUAAUUUGUCCUUGUGUAAUUAAGGCUUCAUGCCAUUGAUGUC